CGUCGUGAAUAAAUGGGGAAAACCUAAUUUGUGUUAAAACUAAAAAUAAUUGAUUGGUGAAGAUAUAUUGAUUGGUUUGAAUUGAGGGUUUUUGGAUUUGUGGACGUUUGAGAGUGUUCGUUUUUUGUUGGACAGAGUGGUGGUAAAGGACAUGUGGAUGAUUAUUUAGAUGACAGAAGUUCGCGACCAAGUUUAAAGCCAACCAUGUGUUGCGAAUUACUGAAUUCAAUCAACUCGACUUUUUUGUGAUGGACCGCAAUUUUUUUCGAUAAAGGAUGCCAAGGAUCAGCAAUUUGAAGAUACUUUUACUAUUUUUAACAACAUUCGCAGUAUGGAGCAGUCAAGCCGAGGAAAUAAAGUCUUUGGCAAACUUCAAUAUAACCAUCCCCAAAUUUGGCGACCGUUUACGUCCAAGACGACGAGAAGCGAUUUCUUUAACGCCAGAUGACGCAGGAGAACCUACCGCAGUUGCAGAGGUUGUCGAAGAAUUUCCAGCAGCAUCCCAGAAUGUAGCAACUGCUUCACCACAUCGUCUGGAAAUGAGCACGGAGUUUUUUGUUAUACCCAGGAGUAGUAGUAUGCGCCCAAUCGAACCAAGUGUCUUAGUUGUCGCGAAACGACCAAAUUUAUCAAACAAGUCAUUUGGCGGAAAUUCCACGAUACCUAUACCUGGGAAUGGAUCUACAACAAAUAAACGGACAAGAGGAGCCCUUAGACCAGAACCAUGGGCAGUCCCUCUUUUGGUCACCGCUGCCUUAGCCAUGACCUUAAUGGCAGCGUUUGAGGUGUUUGUCCUGUGCAAGGCUUGGAGAACAGCACCGAGUCGCAGACACCUCUUCCUUGGUCAGAUGCUGCUCCUUGGUCUGUUCUGUUGUAGUGGACUAGGAGCUUUGCUGGCGGCAGUUCCUACGCCGUUAACAUGUGCUGCUAUUCGUUUCGGGGCAGGAGUUUCUUGUGCUUUGGUUUUUGCGGCUUUGCUGGUUAAAUGCGUCUUCUUGAUUAGUUUGAACGCAGGAGUCUAUUUACCCGCACCUUAUCAAGGGUUGUUGCUUAUGUUUGCUGUCCUAAUACAGAUUGCGAUAGGAACCCAAUGGCUCAUCACGACACCACCGCAGGUAUCCGCACCUUAUACCUUGUGUAGGACACCAUUUUCCGAUCUCCUAGCAUCCCUGGUGUACGUCGUCUUCCUUAUCAUCUUCGUUUCGGUACUGGCUGUCAAAUCUAGAGGUAUCCGCGAUAACUACCGGGAAGCAUCAUAUAUUGGUGUUGCUAUAGGUUGCGUGGUGCCAAUCUGGCUAUCCUGGUCCCUGGGUGGCGCAGCAGUAGCCAGUGAUCGACACAGGGAUGGAUGUCUGGGUUUUGGUCUAGUGGCCACAGCAUUUUCUGUUUUUAUCGUCAUGUAUGCACCUAAAGGUCGCCAACUUGCAGCUUUGGGUCGAGACGAAGGCAGUGCCAUGGUGGAUCAUGGUAUGCAUGCGUAUAGCACCACUAGUAGGACAACUGCGUCCGGUUAUGCGCCCAGCUUCUUUCAUUUUAAACCUUUGGAGUACGGACCAGGAAUGUGUGCUGCUGAUGCAGUGGUCGCGUCCAAGGCGCAACAUCAUGGUCUCUUCAUGCGUCCAGAUGAUAGCAAUGUUUAUACAUCCUUGGAACAAACAUUAAGCAGUAAUCCUAAUGUGUACUUUCAAAGGGGAUCAACAGGUCUCCACCCGGGGAUGAUGUACUGAUAAUAAAAUCUAGUUUAGAGAGAAUAAACAUUUUAGUUUAAGGAUAGCAAGUAUAUUUAUACUAAGUCGUAUGAAUGGGAGAUGAGGUGAUUGAUUGAGGUAUAGAGAGAGCGAAAUAGAGAACGAAUUAUACGAAAAUAUAUAUGAAAUUGCUUUAACUAUUUGAUAAAUAAAAUGGUUGCUUUUUGCUGCAAGACAUUUGUAUAAACUUACCAUAUAAACUGC